UCUCAACGCUCUCUGAAGUGCAGAAGAUGAGUGACUGUGUGGAGGAAGAGGAGGACAGAGCAGAGUCUCCAAUGUCCAGCUGUCUGUCUAUGAAGAGUGAUUGGUCUAAAGAAUAUAAUCCAGACUUCAGUAAUGAACCUGAACCCUCAGACACACAAAGUCAGUACCACCAACAGAGAGCAGAGUCUCCAAUGUCCAGCUGUCUGUCUAUGAAGAGUGAUUGGUCUAAAGAAUAUAAUCCAGAGUUCAGUAAUGAACCUGAACCCUCAGACACACAAAAGAAGAAGAGGAGUGAUGUUUCUGUGGAGGAGCAGCUGUCCUGCUGUGUUUUGUGUCAGGACGUCCUGAAGGAUCCAGUCUCUACCAGCUGUGGACAUUGUUUCUGCAGACAGUGCAUCACCUCAUACUGGGACCAGUCUGCUUCAUCAGGAGACUCCUCCUGUCCCCAGUGUGGAAAAAGAUCCAGAACAAGAGCUGGACUGCAGACAGCCAGUCAGACCAGCACUGUACAAACAGAUGGUGGUCUGCAGGAGGUUUUAGAUGAACAUAAGAUCAGUCUGAAGACGAGAUGUAAACAUGUGACUGAAGGACCUGAUGAAACAGGAAGUGGAACCCUCCUCAACAGGAUCUACACUGAGCUCUACAUCACAGAGGGACAGAGUGAAGAGGUUAAUACCCAACAUGAGGUGAGGCAGCUUGAGACAGCUUCCAAGAUGGAGACCCUCCAUGACACUCCAAUCAAGUGCCACGAGAUCUUUAAAGCCUUACCUGACCAACAGAGACACAUCAGAGUGGUUCUGACGAACGGCGUCGCUGGCGUUGGAAAAACCUUCUCAGUGCAGAAGUUCACUCUGGACUGGGCAGAGGGCUUGGAAAACCAAGAUGUCAGUCUGGUGGUUCUGCUUUCGUUCAGGGAGCUGAACCUGAUCAAAGAUGAGCAGUACAGUCUUCUCACACUGCUCCAUGUUUUCCAUCCAACAUUACAGAAGGUCACAGCAGAGCAGCUCGCUGUCUGUAAACUUUUGUUCAUCUUUGACGGCCUGGAUGAAAGCAGACUUUCACUGGAUUUCCACAACAAUGAGGUUGUGUCUGACGUCACACAGAAGUCUUCAGUCAACGUGCUGUUGACAAACCUCAUCAAGGGGAAUCUGCUUCCCUCGGCUCUCGUCUGGAUAACUUCCAGACCUGCAGCAGCCAAUCAGAUCCCUCCUGAAUGUGUGGACAGGGUAACAGAAGUACGAGGCUUCACUGAGGCCCAGAAGGAGGAGUACUUCAGGAGGAGAUUCAGUGAUGAAGAUCUGUCCAACAGAAUCCUCUCACACAUCAAGACCUCCAGGAGUCUCCACAUCAUGUGUCUAAUCCCAGUCUUCUGCUGGAUCACUGCUACAGUUCUGGACCACAUGUUGACUACAGACCAGAGAGGAGAGCUGCCCAAGACCCUGACUGACAUGUACUCACACUUCCUGCUGGUUCAGACAAAGAGGAAGAAGCAGAAGUAUGAUGAGGGACAUGGGAAAAGUCCACAGACGUUAACGAAGGCUGACAUGGACGUUCUUCUGAAGCUGGGGAGGCUGGCGUUUGAACAGCUGGAGAAAGGAAACAUCAUGUUCUACCAAGAAGACCUGGAGCAGUGUGGUCUUGAUGUCACAGAGGCCUCGGUGUACUCAGGAGUUUGUACAGAGAUCUUCAAAAGAGAGAGUCUGAAGUUCCAGAAAACAGUCUACUGCUUUGUUCAUCUGAGCAUUCAGGAGUUUCUGGCUGCAGUCUACAUGUUCCACUGUUACACCAACAGGAACACAGAGGUACUGGAGGGUUUCUUGGGGGAAGACUACAGCAGGGACACAAAACCAAAGACUUUUCUAGAGAAGAUUUCUAAGUUGUUUGGAUACAAUGAUGUUCUCGAUGUCUUCCUGAGAAGCACAAUGGAGAAAUCCCUCAAAAGUAAAAAUGGCCACCUGGACCUGUUUGUUCGCUUCCUUCAUGGCCUCUCUCUGAAGUCCAACCAGAGACUCUUAGGAGGCCUGCUGGGUCAGACAGACAACAGUCCAGAAAUCAUCCAGAGAGCCAUCAACAACCUGAAGGAGAUGAACAGAGAUGAUAUCUCUCCUGACAGAAGCAUCAACAUCUUCCACUGUCUGAUGGAGAUCAACGACCACUCAGUCCAUCAGGAGAUCCAAGAGUUCCUGAAGUCAGAGAACAGAUCAGAGAAGAAACUCUCUGAGAUCCACUGCUCAGCUCUGGCCUACAUGCUGCAGAUGUCAGAGGAGGUUCUGGAUGAGUUGAACCUGAAGAAGUACAACACAUCAGACCAGGGACGACAGAGACUGAUUCCAGCUGUGAGGAACUGCAGAAAGGCUGUACUUUCUGACUGUAGACUCUCAGAGACUCACUGUGAAGUUGUGGCCUCAGCUCUGAAGUCCAACCCCUCCCAUCUGAGACAUCUGGACCUGAGUGACAACAAGCUGCAGGAUUCAGGAGUGAAGACACUGUCUGCUGGACUGCAGAGUCCAAACUGUAGACUGGAGACUCUGAGUUUGGAUGACUGCAGGUUGUCAGAGAUCAGCUGUGAUUAUCUGGUCUCAGCUCUGAAGUCCAACCCCUCCCAUCUGAGAGUGCUGUGGCUGAGUGACAACAAGCUGCAGGAUUCAGGAGUGAAGCUGCUGUGUGGUUUUCUGGAGAGUCCACACUGUAGACUGGAGGCUCUGAGCUUGAUUAACUGCAGGUUGUCAGAGAUCAGCUGUGAUUAUCUGGUCUCAGCUCUGAAGUCCAACCCCUCCCAUCUGAGAGUGCUGUGGUUGGAUAACAACAAGCUUCAGGAUUCAGGAGUGAAGCUGCUGUGUGGUUUUCUGGAGAGUCCACACUGUAGACUGGAGACUCUGGGAUUGAGUCACUGCAGGUUGUCAGAGAUCAGCUGUGAUUAUCUGGUCUCAGCUCUGAAGUCCAACCCCUCCCAUCUGAGAGUGCUGAACCUGGAUAACAACAAGCUGCAGGAUUCAGGAGUGAAGCUGCUGUCUGAUCUUGUGGAGAGUCCACACUGUAGACUGGAGACUCUGAGAUUGUGGGGCUGCAGUUUGUCAAAGAUCAGCUGUGAUUAUCUGGUCUCAGCUCUGAAGUCCAACCCCUCCCAUCUGAGAGAGCUGGAGCUGAGUUACAACAAGCUGCAGGAUUCAGGAGUGAAGCUGCUGUGUUAUUUUCUGGAGAGUCCACACUGUAGACUGGAGACUCUGAGAUUGUGGGACUGCAGGUUGUCAGAGAUCAGCUGUGAUUAUCUGGUCUCAGCUCUGAAGUCCAACCCCUCCCAUCUGAGAGAGCUGGACCUGAGGUACAACAAUCUGCAGGAUUCAGGAGUGAAGCUGCUGUGUGGUUUUCUGGAGAGUCCACACUGUAGACUGGAGACUCUGAGAUUGUGGAACUGCAGUUUGCCAGAGAUCAGCUGUGAUUAUCUGGUGUCAGCUCUGAUGUCAAACCCCUCCCAUCUGAGAGAGCUGGACCUGGGUAACAACAAGCUGCAGGAUUCAGGAGUGAAGCUCUUGUGUGGUUUUCUGGAGAGUCCACACUGUAGACUGGAGACUCUGGGAUUGUGGGGCUGCAGUUUGUCAAAGAUCAGCUGUGAUUAUCUGGUCUCAGCUCUGAAGUCCAACCCCUCCCAUCUGAGAGAGCUGAACCUGAGUAACAACAAGCUGCAGGAUUCAGGAGUGAAGCUGCUGUGUGGUUUUCUGGAGAGUCCACACUGUAGACUGGAGACUCUGAGAUUGAGGAACUGCAGUUUGUCAGAGAUCAGCUGUGAUUAUCUGGUCUCAGCUCUGAAGUCCAACCCCUCCCAUCUGAGAGAUCUGUGGUUGGAUAACAACAAGCUGCAGGAUUCAGGAGUGAAGCUGCUGUGUGGUUUUCUGGAGAGUCCACACUGUAGACUGGAGAUUCUGGGAUUGUGGAGCUGCAGUUUCUCAGAGAUCAGCUGUGAUUAUCUGGCCUCAGCUCUGAAGUCCAACCCCUCCCAUCUAAUAUAUUUUUGGUUGGAUAACAACAAGCUGCAGGAUUCAGGAGUGAAGCUGCUGUGUGGUUUUCUGGAGAGUCCACACUGUAGACUGGAGACUCUGGGUUUGAGUGGCUGCAGGUUGUCAGAGAUCAGCUGUGAUUAUCUGGUCUCAGCUCUGAAGUCCAACCCCUCCCAUCUGAGAGAGCUGAACCUGAGUAACAACAAUCUGCAGGAUUCAGGAGUGAAGCUGCUGUGUGGUUUUCUGGAGAGUCCACACUGUAGACUGGAGACUCUGAGAUUGAGGGGCUGCAGGUUGUCAGAGAUCAGCUGUGAUUAUCUGGUCUCAGCUCUGAAGUCCAACCCCUCCCAUCUGAGAGUGCUAAACCUGAGUUACAACAAGCUGCAGGAUUCAGGAGUGAAGCUGCUGUGUGAUUUUCUGGAGAGUCCACACUGUAGACUGGAGACUCUGAGAUUAUGGAACUGCAGUUUGUCAGAGAUCAGCUGUGCUUCUCUGGCCUCAGCUCUGAAGUCCAACCCCUCCCAUCUGAGAUAUCUAUGGCUGAGUAACAACAAUCUGCAGGAUUCAGGAGUGAAGCUCCUGUGUGAUUUUCUGGAGAGUCCACACUGUAGACUGGAGACUCUGAGAGUGAGGGGGUGCAGUUUGUCAGAGAUCAGCUGUGAUUAUCUGGUCUCCGCUCUGAAGUCCAACCCCAUCUAUCUGAGAGAGCUGAACCUGAGUGACAACAAUCUGCAGGAUUCAGGAGUGAAGCUGCUGUCUGAUCUUGUGGAGAGUCCACACUGUAGACUGGAGACUCUGAGCUGGAAGUGAUCUCUGUCAGAGUGUGAGUGGUGAGGAAGGAGGUUGUGUUGAAGGAUCAGCUGUGUCCUGAUGAUCCAGAGAGGUUGAAGCAGCAGCAUCAGCUCUGACUGGGCCAUGUUACUGGGAGGUAGAGUGGAGAGGAAAGCUUCAUCCAGCAGUGACUGACAGAGGAAUCACAACCAGUGGAGAUGACUCUCAGUGCUGCAGUCUGAACUGCUCUGAGAUCAGCUCCACUGUCAGACACAAUGUCAAGUCCACCAUCAUCCCUGUGUGUUCCUCUGGAUGUGACAGAGUAUCAUCAGUGUAUCUGGACUGCUCUGCUGCUGCUCUGUCCUUCUACACAGUCUCUGCAGACACACUGAGACUCCUCCACUCCUUCUGCUCCACACUCAACCACCUCCUCCACCUGGAACCUCCACCUGGAUUUUAUUCUUUUCAUUCAUUCACAUUUCUUGUUCUAUCGAUAACACUGACUGUAAAAGUGUUGCACUACACUCUGGUGGUGACAACAGACUCACCUUCACCCGGAAGAACCUUCUACAUUUCUGUAAAAUAAAAUAUCCAUUGGUAUGUCUUCAUUAGGGUUUAAUGACCUGAAAAUACUCAUUGUUGUGUUGUAGUUACCUUAGAAUGAGCCGAACAAACCAAACACAAUUUUAACGGCCACCGUAGUUCCUCUUUUGUGCUUAGAAGUGGAGGGCAACUGCAGUACACCACCAGAUGCCAAAUCUUACACUCUGCCCCUAAAAUCUCCCUAUUGCCCAUGUGCAACUGCUGCUGCUAAUAUUUGUACUAUUUGUGUUAUCUGUUGUUUGUGGGUUCUUACUGUUUGUGGAUUCUUACUGUUAUUUGCUACUGUAUUUAUACUGUUUUUUCCCUAUCCACUUUGCUGCUGCAACAUUGGAAUUUCCCCAUUGUGGGACAAAUAAAGGAAUAUCUUAUAUCUUAAA